GAGCAGAGGCUUUUAAGUUUGUUUCAUUAAAUCUCGUGCCCAGCGUCAGGAGGCCGGAAGUUGCCUCUCCGGACUUGCAACCUCUCGGGCCUUGGGGUUGGCGAAUCGGCCCGUCCACCUUAGGGGGGUCUCGGGGAGACCCUCCCUGGAUGGUUCCUAGAGAGCUGCGCGGAGGCGGGAAGCUGGGCUGGUCCCCGGAAAGGCGAGGCCUGUUCCUCUGAACUUUUGGCACGGCCUUUGAUCUGCCCACGGCUAUUCCGGUCCUGUAUGGCACAUUCAGGUUUGGUUUGGUGCAUUUCUCCAUCCGGUGCAUUAAAGACAGGUUCUCCUUGUGUACAUUGCGAAAGAUUCCGUAGAGUACUUACCUAUGAAUGAAAUUGCUGGAUCGACAGGAAUUCCUUCACAUGGCUCCUGAAGACGUGACAAUUACAGUUCGCCUCAUUCGGUCGUUUGAGCAUCGCAAUUUCAAACCUAUAGUAUAUCGCGGAGUUAAUUUGGACCAAACUGUAAAGGAAUUUAUGGUAUUUCUGAAGCAUGAUGUCUCUUUAAGGACCAGCCUGCCACCGCCAUUCAGAAAUUAUAAAUAUGAUAAACUCAAGAUUAUUCAUCAAGCAUAUAAAUCAAAGACAAAUGAACUCGUGUUGAGUUUGGAAGAUGAUGACAAGCUCUUGUUAAAAGACAACAGCACGAUGAAAGCAGCUGGAAUUGCCAAUGAAACUGAGAUUGCAUUCUUCUGUGAAGAAGAUUAUAAGAACUACAAAGCUAAUCCCAUUUCAUCCUGGUGAAGACUUCAUGCAGACUUCCUUUUUGCACUCCUGCAUUUCUACUUAGAGCAACUCUUACUGACUGUUCCAGCCAUCAAUGCCAUCUUUUAACUCAAGAAGUAUGUCAAACACACCACCAUCCAUAGAACUGAAUUGUGUGUAUUUUAGGGAGGUUUUAUGGUGUAAGAGGGUUACUUCUUUUCUUCUUUUCAUAUCUCAGCCUUUACAAAUAACCUUGCUGAAAUGUUUUUUCUGGAGCAGUGUUUCCUGAAUUUGGGAGCAAACUAUAAUAGAAUCAAACUCAUUUAUUUGGAGAGAGGAGGUAGCAGGGUGUUUGUACUUCUUGGAGAAAAGUGUUCAUUGAGAACAAGUCCACAUCCUGGAAGAUAACAUUCUUUCACAAUAAUACUAUAUCUUUGGUUCCUGAUAAUGGCUGACAAUCAGCACCUGAGAGCUCAGUAGUUGCCAAGAGGCCUCUCAACCAGCUUGUACUAAUCAGGUCUCCUGGAGAGGUUAGUUGCUCUAGAAUUACUCCUGAGCCCUUAACAAGUGUCACUAGGACAGAUUGGUCUCACUGUAGGAGAGUCUCACUUGAGAUAAGUCAAGGCCAAAAAUCUGAUUACCAUGAUCAGAACAUUCUUUGCUUUGUUGAAAGAUUUAAUAGAACCUUCUUUAAAACAAAUCCUGUUUAUUUAAUUCAUAUUUUCAUUCAUUAAACAAAGUGCUGAAUGCACAGUUGUCAUAGGAAAUAAAGAAUAAAGGCAUAUAAAGAAUAAUAAAAGUAAUAAAGCAUAAAAUAAGACAGUUUUUGCCCUGUGUAGUGGGAAAAGAUACAUAAGCAAGUAAUUUUAAUGUAAUAGUGAAAACUGCUCUGGGAGCACUGAAGAUAGCGUAAUUAAUUCUCUGUGGCGAUUUAGAACUCUUAUUUUGUUUGUUUGUUUUUAAGAGAUGCCCAGUUGAGCUGUGUCUUAAAGGUUAAAUAGGAAUUUUUGCUUAUUUAGAGAAGCAAAGGGAAGGGAAGGUAGAGAAGAGAGGGAACGCACCCAGGGUUUUUGGUAAAGUACGAAUUUCAGUGAACUGGAGUGCAAAGUAUGUGGACUAGAGUGGAGGAAAAGUAGGCCAUCAAGGUAGAUUAUAUAAAGGGCCUCAUAAGUCAUGCUGAGAAUCGGGAACUUUUUCUCAUAGGUAGCUGGGAGCCAGUGGAAGGGUUUAAGCAGGUAAGUUUCAUGACCAAAUUUGUAUUUGAGACAAUGAGUUUUGACAGCAGCUUCCAGGUGGCAGGAAGAGUGGAAGACCCUUGUCAUAGACCAGGUGGAGAAUAGAAGUCCUGACUUAAGGUCGUGACUGAGGGAAGCAGCAGAGGGGAGCGUUGUUGGGAUAGUUAGUAACAUUUGAUCACGCAGUAGGUGGCAAGCAUUGUGGUAGAUGCUAUGCAUGUGUUACCCUACUCUUUACCCUUGAGAGUCUCAUGUCUAUGUUAUAGAUGAGGAAAUCUGGGCCCAGAGAAGCAAAGUAAUUCACCCAAGACAAGGUGGUGGUAAAUCCUGACCGUCGUCUGUUCCACCCCAUGGCCCCCCAGUAGAGGUGUGAGGUGGGGUGACUCGUGGACUCUUUGGGACUUGGCGAAUGCCUGGGUGUGGAGAGUAUAGAAGAGCAAAGGCUUCAAGGCUCAUUGCUGGAGUGAUGGAUUGAUGGUGGCAGCAUUAGCCCAAACAGGAAAUUCAGCAAGUAGAAGAACAGGUUAAAAUAUAUUUCAUUUGUUCCUUUUGCAAAUACCCAAUUUACAUACCAGGUUUUCUUUUUUAUGUAAAAGUAAACAGAUCUUUACCUUUCCAUUUUCUUCUUAACAAGCAAUGUAAAAAUAUGUACAUCAAUCCCUUUUUUGGUGUGUGCAUAUUCUCCUUGUAUAAAAGUGACUUAUAGGCUAUUUUCCUUAUAAACACAGAUAUAAUGACUAAAAAGGGCUUUUACCAGGAAUGGAAAAUCAGUUCAAAAGUAGAAAAACUAUCAGUGUAAUUCACAAAAUCAAUAGAUUAAAGGAGAAAAAAAUUAUGCUUAUCUCACUAAAUGUCAAAAAAAGCAUUUGAUGAUAUUCAGACUCAUGCAUGAAUAAAAGCUAGCAGUAGAAAAGGAUGCCAUUAACUUGAUGAAGACCACCCACCAAAAAAAUCUACUUAAUGGAGAAGUGCUUGAACCAACCUGCUAGAUAUGCACCUGACAAGAGUGACCACACAGUACUAAUGAGUUUGGUUUUGCAGGUUUCAUUGCAGCCCAUUCAGUAACAGAAGCAAAGCAAUAAGCACACAUAUUGAAAAGAAAGAGACGGAACAUUCAUUUGCAGACAUAUGAUCACAAGAGAAUCAACUGACACAUUAUUAGAACUAAUAAGAGAUGACAGGUGUGCUGGAUGAUGAACUAAAAUGAAACAUGCACAAAACUGUAAAAUAUUAUUAGAGGACAUAAAAGACCUAAACAAGAGAUAUUAUCUGCUCUUAGUUGGAAGAUUCAGUGUCUUAAGGAUGUUGGUUUGCAUCUAAUCUGUAAUAUAGUGUGAUCUCAAUCAGAAUCCCAAAAGAUUUAUCAUGGGACUUGAGAGGCUGAUUUAAAAAUUCCUUUAGAAAAGUAAAUGUGCAAGAAUAACCAAGAUCAGCUUGGAAAAUCAAAAAGGAGGGUGGAUUGCUUACCACAUACCAAAAUAUAUCUUAAAGCUGUAGUCAUCAAAACAGCGCAGUAUGGCUACAGAAAUAGAUAAACAUAUCAAGGAAAUGGACCAGAGUAGAGAAUUGACUCAUGUAUAUGGACAUUUAGUAUAUAAUAAAAGUAGUGUUUGUAAUCAAUGGAGAAAAGAAGGGAUAUUUAGCACAUGACUGAUCCUUGAAAAUGAUGAAUUUCAGGAGGAUUAAACAAAUAACUAAACGCGAAAAACAAAAUGACUUCUUGUUAGCAGAAAAUAGGGAUUUUGCAUAGGACCUUGGGGUAAAGGAGCCUCCCUAAAAGGCAAAAUACAAAUACUGUGAUGUGUUAAAUUUGCAUAUCAAAAUGAAAAAUUGAAUUGCAAAAAACCGUAAAUAAAUGUUGAAAGACAAGUAAAGACCUGGAGAAAUUCCUUGCAUUCAUAAAAUAUACAAAGAAUUGGCUUUCAGAAUAUAUAAACUCUCACAAAUCAACUCUCACAAAUCAACUGUCACAGAAUAUAUAAACUCUCACAAAUCAACAAGAAAAGGAAAAACGUACAACAAAAAUGGGCGCAUUUUGUAAAGGGGAAAUUAGUAGAAAAGGACACAAAUAUGGCUUAUGAACAUGUGAAAAGAUGGACAUCCCAUUUAAAAAAAAAUCAGAUUGAAACCAGCCAUUUUCAUUCAUUAAAUUGG